ACCAGUAAAUAACUCGCAUUCGCUCUUCAUUCUUCAGAGUUCGGUAUUCUUCGAUUGUUACUUGUUUGAUGUUUACUUUAGUUCGUUUACAGUCGUUUUAUAAAUUUGUACAUUAAAAGUCGUUCUUCACUUCAGUAAUUAUUGAUUCGGUAUCGAGUGCUGUUAAAAGUCGCCGUUUCAUAAUCCAUUGUGAGCUGUGCAGGAAAAGGUGUCGUUUUACCUCAUCGUGUGAAAUAACAAAGUAGUAAAGUUAGCAAAGUGUUUCUUUAAUUUUUCAUAGCUAGAAAUAAUUAAAGACUUUAUUAAACGGCACAAUGACUACAGGAACCUUAUCGAGUUCAAAACCCAAACCAAUCAAUAUACCAGAGGUUGUGCAAAAAGCGCGGGACACGUAUAACAGCGGUACCACAAAGCCCUUAGAAUGGAGGAAGAGACAGCUGAAGAGUUUGAUGCGAAUGUACGAGGAGAACCGGGGGGCUAUGAUAGACGCCCUCGUGAAGGACCUGAGGCGCAGCAAGACUGAAGCGGUGCUGUUAGAAGUCGACUACCUCGUCAAUGAUUUGACCAAUUUGCUGAACAAUUUCGAAGAAUGGGCCAAGCCUGAAAAGCCACCAAAAGGUUUCGUCAACAUGCUCGACGAUGUGGUAAUCUUUAACGACCCCUACGGAGUGGUCCUCAUCAUCGGAGCGUGGAACUACCCCCUUCAGUUGCUACUGUUGCCGUUUGCUGGUGCCAUCGCGGCGGGCAACGUCGUGAUCCUGAAGCCUAGCGAGCUUGCGGUGGCCAGUGCUAAGUUCAUAGCUGAAACCUUGCCCAAAUACUUGGAUAAUGAUGCAUUUAUAGUAGUAGAAGGUGGUCCAGAAGAAACGACAGAACUUCUUAAGCAAAAGUUCGAUUACAUCUUCUAUACGGGAGGCACUAACGUCGGCAGGAUUGUCUAUUCGGCAGCGACCAAGAACCUGACUCCUGUCACUUUGGAGUUAGGUGGGAAGAGUCCAGUGUACAUAGACAACACGGCCGACAUGGAAGUAACAGCUAAGCGUGUUCUUUGGGGCAAAUUUAUCAACGCGGGCCAAACUUGCAUUGCCCCAGAUUACGUGCUAUGUACUAAAGAAGUCCAGGACAAAUUCGUGGAAUAUUCGAAGAAGAUAUUGAAGGAAUGGUACGGAGAGGAUCCUCAGAAAUCACCGGACCUAUGCAGAAUCAUCAACAGCCGACACUUUGGUCGCCUCCAAACACUAUUAGAUGCAAGCAAAGACAAAGUAGCGCUCGGCGGUCGUUAUGACGCACAAGAGCGAUUUAUCGCCCCGACAAUACUAACCAACGUCACACCCAACGAGAAAAUAAUGGAGGACGAAAUCUUCGGCCCGAUAUUACCGAUUGUGCCCGUGGAAAACGCUUACGAAGCUAUCAAAUUCAUUAACGAAAGGGAGCAUCCAUUAGUCCUAUAUCUCUUCAGCCGGCAAAGCAACAUACACACGCUGUUCACUGAGCAGACUCGCUCGGGCAGUGUCUGCGUGAACGAUACGAUCAUGUUUUAUGGCGUUGACACGCUACCUUUCGGCGGCGUAGGUAACAGUGGUAUUGGAGCGUACCACGGCAAAGCAUCUUUCGACACGUUCACGCACAAAAAGAGCUGCUUAGUUAGAAACUUUGCGGCGAUUGGAGAGAAGCUGGCCUCUGGUCGCUACCCGCCCUACACAGACGGCAAGCUGCAAUUCAUCACCACGCUGAUGAAAAAACGGUCGGGCCCGUCUUUCAAGUACCUGCCUUACUUCAUAGCAUUCGCACUGGGCGCUGGAUUGUCCUAUGGUAUCUUCGCUUGGCAAAAGGUUGCUUCGGAGGAGUUGUAAGAAAGCUGUGAUGCAAACGUGAUGACAGUGUGAUAACGAUAUUUAAUAUAUUUAAAGAAAUAAGUUAUGUUUAACAUAUAUUAUAUUUUUAUAUUUCCUUAGCUUGUGUUAUACAAAUAUUGACAUUUUAUUUCUGUCACAAUUUCCGUACAAAUAAUACUGUAAUACUUCAAGUUAAUUAACUUUAUGAAAUGGUAAAGAAUAAUACAUAUAACCUUGUGAGUAAAAUAACAAUAGAACCGCUAUCUACUUCUUUUUUUUCUAGAAUUGUGUUUCUAUGGGAGUAAACUAUAUAAGUCUUUUGAGUCGAAAUUUUUUAAAACAAUGUUCUUGCAUUUAUUUUAUAUUUAUAGAUAUACUUUUUUACAGCCAUAUUUACUUAGGAUAUAGUUUUGCCACGGUUUUUAAAUCAUACAGUUUAUGAAUGGACCUUUGAUUAUGGAUGGAUCUUUAAUUUUUAUUUCAUAAACAUUUCCAAAUAUGUUGCAAGUCUGCCAAUAUUAUUCUCAAAACAUACAUAUCAGUUAAAAAUGUCGCAAUAAGAUUGUUCAUAUAAUAAGGCGAGUAAGAAAAAAAAAAAAA